AUGCACCGUCAGAGCAUGUGGCGAGUCCUGGUGCUAACCCUGUGUGCCACUGUAGCGAUGGCACAGUUCCCUCGAGAGUGUGUGACUCCCGAGGGGCUGAGGAGCGGCCAGUGCUGCCCCUCGCCCACUGGACUGGCGGGGGACGACUGUGGCUCGAGCACGGGCAGAGGCCAGUGCGUGUCCAUCGCGGCGGACAGCAGGCGGCACGGACCUCAGUACCCUUACUCUGGACGUGACGACAGGGAGAGGUGGCCGCUGAGAUUCUUCAAUCGCACCUGUCAAUGCAACGGCAACUUCAGCGGCUACAACUGCGGGCGCUGUCGGCACGGGCUGACUGGACCAAACUGUGAUCAGAGAGUGUCUGUGGUGAGAAGAAAUUUAAUAUUGAUGAGUGCCGCUGAGAAACAAGCUUUUGUGAAUGCGUUGGACCAAGCGAAGAGAACUGUUCACCCUGACCUUGUAAUCUGCACAAGAAGGUACGAGGAGGUGUUCGGACCCGAUGGAAACACCCCCCAAUUUGAAAACAUUACCAUCUAUAAUUACUUUGUGUGGACUCAUUAUUACUCUGUAAGCAAGACAUACCUGGGGCCGGGCCAGGCCAGCUUUGGGGGUGUGGACUUCUCCCAUGAGGGCCCCGGGUUUGUCACAUGGCACCGCUUUCAUCUGCUGCAGCUGGAGAGAGACAUGCAGGAUAUGCUGGAGGACCCCACCUUUGCCCUGCCAUACUGGAACUUUGCCAUUGGGGGCAGCAACUGUGACAUUUGCACUGAUGACUUGAUGGGCGACCGGAGCAGCUUCGAAGUCGACGGCAUCAGCCCCAACUCUGUCUUUUCUCAGUGGAGGGUCAUCUGUGAGAGCGUGGACGAUUAUGACACGCAAGGCACCGUCUGCAACAAUACUGAGACCAGUCCCAUUAGGAGGAAUCCAGCUGGGAAUGUGGCCCGGCCAAUGGUCCAGCGACUUCCAGAGCCCAAGGAUGUUUUGGACUGUCUACAGCUGAACACUUUUGACACUCCUCCUUACUACUCCACCUCGUCUGAAAGCUUCAGGAACACCAUUGAAGGCUACAGCGCCCCUCAGGGAACGUAUGACCCUGUAAUUCGAAGCCUCCACAACUUGGCUCACCUCUUUUUGAACGGGACAGGCGGUCAGACUCACCUCUCACCAAACGAUCCCAUCUUUGUCCUGCUGCACACUUUCACCGAUGCAAUCUUUGAUGAGUGGCUCAGCAGACACCAACCUGGUGAGGUCGUUUACCCAGAGGAAAACGCUCCCAUUGGCCACAAUCGUCAGUCCAACAUGGUUCCCUUCUGGCCUCCUGUGAGCAAUGCUGAGAUGUUUGUGGCUGCUCCAGGAAACUUGGGAUACUCCUAUGAAGUAGAAUGGCCAGUGCGUGAGUUCACCGUGUCUGAGAUCAUCACCAUAGCCGUCGUGGCAGCUGUACUGGUGGUGGCCGUGGUCGGAGGGGUCAUUGCGUGUGCUGUGAGGGCCCGGACGUACAGAUCUAUGGAGGGACUGGAGCCACUUCUGGGGGAAACUUUCCGCCGUUACUCUGAGGAUGACAGGAGACUGGACAAAUCACAAUCAACGGUCUAA